CUCCGGGCCCUCUCGUUUCCUGCUGCUGGCGGAGGCCGAGGGAGAAGGUGGCGGUGGAGGCGGUGGACGGAGAGAAAAGUGCCCCGGCGACCGAGAGGCGGCCCGCGCCCCCCCUUGCUCGCCCCCCAAGAAAGUCCAGCGCCGCCGCCGCCCCCACCCCCUCCUCCUCCUCCAGCGUCCUCGUCUGUCUCCCCCUUUCUUUUCUUUUCUCUCCCCUCCUUCCCCGCUCUCUCCCUCCUUCCUCUCCAGCCACUUUCGCCUCCCGCCCCGGGACAAUAGAGCAGGGAGAUGUCCUCCUCCGCGGGCGGCCACCAGCACAGCCAGAGCCGCGCCAUCCCCACCAGGACGGUGCCCAUCAGCGACUCGUCGCAGCUACCUCAUGACUAUUGCACCACGCCCGGGGGGACCCUCUUCUCCACCACUCCUGGAGGUACCCGAAUCAUCUAUGACCGCAAAUUUCUGUUAGACCGCCGCAAUUCUCCCAUGGCUCAGACUCCUCCUUGCCACCUUCCAAAUAUCCCAGGAGUCACCAGCCCUGGUACUAUGACUGAGGAUUCCAAAGUGGAAAUAAACAAUCUGAACAAUCACGAUGGGAAACCUAUCAUAGGUGAUGAUGCUCAGUUUGAGAUGGACAUCUGAUCUUCCUUGAGGGUAACCAUGGAGAGAUACCAACUCCUGACAACCUGCUCACACCUGAUUUGGCCAACAGGAUCAACAACUGAAGGAUGGAAGAAGCAGAAGCCGUUUCCACUAGAAUCCCCACUUCAGCUUUUGAAGUGCCAAAGGGAUAGGAGGACUGUUUUCCCCUUUCCUUGACUCCCUCCAGCCAUGCCAUGCUGUCCCUUACCCACUUUACCCCCCCUUUUUUUUUAUGCCUAUCAUCUUCCUGGUCUGUGACUGAAGCCCAUGUUAAAUUUAUAUAGAGCUAAGGAAUGAAUCUUGGCUUCUCGCACUUUAGAGACAUCCUACCAAAUCAUGCACAUGUGAGAACAUACUUCCAUCAGUAAUUGGAUAUUUAUUGCAAGCUACAAAAAAAGGGCCGUGAAACAUGUCUGAAAGGGCAAGGCUCUGCUGUUGUUCUCUUCUCCCUCCUGUCAAUCUUAGCUUAGAAGCCAGUUGCUGUUUCUUUUACUACUGUAUGGAAAGCACUCACUUGGGGUCUGUUCCUCAUUCCUCCUGUUCAGUCAGCGUAUUCUCACAAAUGGGAACAUGGUGAGGUUCUCCUUUUGCCCUUCUACUUAAUCAGUUCCUGUCUUGUUCCUUUGGAACAGGAGUACUUAAUCGAGAAAGAGAGCCAUCAUGUGAUUUUAACUACUUGCCAUUUCAUCUCAAGGAGUGCCUCCUAGAAUAUCCUGCUUACAAAUGAUUGUGUCACCAUCUCCAAGCUUGAAUCCAUCAGUGUUAAAGGGGAACCAAGGUUUGUGUGGCUGUAAUGUAGGGGUGUCGUGGUUGACAAUCCUCUAUGUUGUUUGUCCUUGACCGGUCUUUAAUUUUUGCUGCUGUUAAUGUUUGCUGAAUUCCUUGCAAGUCUACUAUUGUGCCAAAAGGAUUAAUCAAAAUAACCUGGCUAUGCUUGACUAGGAGGGGCUUGGCAAAAAUCUGGUGCUCUUGGGAAAGAUUCCUGUGUAGGCUUUGGGCACCCUGAGAAUAGGUUGUUGGGUUACUGGGAUGCUGAUUUCACGAUGCAUGACUUCAGAUAAAAUAGUGGGAACUGUUUUGUAUUUUACUGCAGUUUUCUCUGGAGCAAAUUCAUCCCUCUGCAGGAUUCCUGAAUUCAUGCAUUACUGAAUCAGCUAAGGGAGCCGAUCAAACUUGAGUCUGUUCAGAGCCAGUUGUGGUGUACAGAAUAGUGGCCUCAGUUGCCAAAGGCCUCACUUACUCUGCUCAUUUGGAUUUGUCACCCAUUUCUCUCCCCCCCCACCUCUUGGGUUCAUGUACUGAUUAUUUCUGCAGGGGGUGAACUUUGCUCACAUUAACUGCUGCUUGCAUGGGGCUAACAGGAUUGUUGCAGAGAGAAAGGACCCUUGUGAAGGGAGUGCUUAGCCAACCAGGUUAUCUUGUGGCAAUGGCAAUCACUAUGGGGGGAAAGAGGUCCAUUUGUGUUCAACAAGUUGAAUGAAUUCAGGCAUUAGUUGCAGUGCCUCCUGAGAAACUGAAAUGUGUGAAGUGGUUAGAUUAAUCGAUUAAGAACCUAUGGAUUGGUUAAUGGGCAUCUGAUAAAUCAGGCAAUAGCUUUUGAUGAGAUGUUAAUUAUUUUUUAACAUACGUACCUGCAAAAGCGGUAGGUGUUUGAUGUCCUCUUGGAACAGGGAUUUCCACCUUUUCCUUCUUUCUCACACAAAGAAUGUGUGUUUCCCUUGCAGUUUUUUUAAAUAAUUGAUUCAUUGAUUUGAGCCCAUGAAAUUGGCUGUAAUUUCUUUUUCUAUGAGAUGUUUCUCCCAGUUACCACGUAGCCAGUCCUUGCCUCAUAUUACAUCAUAAACCUUCCCAACAAUGGAGAUGAUUCAUGGGCUACUUAAAAGGCACAUUAUCCAUUUCCCUGUGACUGAUUCUCACCCCCAUUCUAGUGAUGGUUGAAAAAUGGAAUAACACGGGGGCAGGCAAAUAAUAUGGGAAACUUUGUCCCCAUCCUGCAAUGUUGGAGGGAGAUGUGGCAACCUUGCUUACGAUACUGUUGUUUAAGUGGAACUAGCUUGGCCUGGGACCCAGCCCUGGGAAAUGACUAUCAGUCUCCCCUUGUCACUUGGAAAUUGGUCCCAGAGGCCAGUUUAGAGGGUGGAACCUCUGCUCAGUUCAUUGAUUCACCUUCUUCUGUCUCUGGCCCCUGAGGCAGAAUUCUCAUGAUCGCUGCAAAUUUGUUUUUGUGAUUUAUUAUUUUUUUUUUAAAGGGAGGGCCACUAUUAUGGAAAAAUCAUUUUGUUUUCUUUCUGCAUGUGUGGCAGUUCAAGGGGGGAGCAGAGGAGGAAAAUACAAGACUUGUUUGGUUCACUUUUUUUCUUUUUCUUUUUGCCUACAUUAAAAUGUGAAUAAUACAAGAGCAGAACUGCUUUGUAACUGUUGAUCUCUCAGGAAUAGGCUCUGUUUGCGGUGUUUCCAGGGAAAGCAGCACCACUUCUGAAGUUGUGGUCAAAAAGCGGUUUUAAACUGUGAUUAGUGUAGAGGGGGCACUCUUUUUAGGGCACUGCCUGUGCUUCCUGGUUGGGUCAGGAUUGUUCUGAAAUGCAGUGUAAGUUCAGCCUGCAGUUAUAACUGGUUGUAUUUCCAUCUUUCCUCCUUCCGAAGCACCAGCAGUUGUUUCGGGAACCUCACUCUCUAUAGGUGAGGUAGGACGGAUACAGCUUUGCUCCACAGUGCUGUUGGCUAAACUAAAUCAACUUUGAUAAGGAAAAAGAGGAGGACAGUACUUCAGGUGUUGCUAACAGCCACUUUUCUCAUCAUGGUAGAAGCUUUUUAAAUUAGUUUUGGAUUCGAGGGGUGACUUCAAAGUUAUUUAUCCCCAUUCCUCUAAGGUUUUAGCUGUUAAAAAGAGGUAUUGACGGCUCCAACCCUUCCACAACACAGGGGAAAAAAUUGGAUUUGAAAUACAACAAAAUUUUUCAUGUGCUGUAAUCUGUAUAGCUGCUGCUUGUACUGGCUUGCUGUUGCCUCCAUAGGCUGCGCUACAAACACGAGAGGGGUAUUCUAAUAGUCAAAGUGCAGACUUGGGACUUGGUGGAUUUCUCUUCUUGCUCUGCUGCCAGUUUCCUAAGCAAGUCACUUACUGUGCCUCAGUCCUCCAGUCUGUAAAAUGGGGGGCGAUAGAAUCCUACCUCACAGGGUUGUUGUGAGGAUAAUUUUUUUGUUUUGUUUGUAAGGUACUCUUGAUUAAAAUAGGGAUGAGUGCCAUAAA